UUGUACAUUGCUAGCAAUGGGAUUAUCAGUCCACAUUACUAACAAUCAUACUGCCCCCACUAUCGGGGUUUCAGAGGAGGAUAAUCGACUGAGGAUGAAGUCAUGAUAUUUAGUCCAUUGUGACGAAUCCACCAGAAAUUAAACGGAUAAUAAUAGACAUGUAUUCUAACAAUAUCUUCGCUUCAAUACAAUUUGUUAGUAUAAAGUUGGUACGCCUAACAAAGUAGCGAGCAUCGUGGUGUGUGAAGGUCAGGGAUAUUUGUUUUAAUUGGUGAUGAGUCGAUAUUUACUGGAUUACGUACUGCGUGCAAGUGACGUGACCGUGUACCUGCCGCCGAGCGGCUGUGGGGAGGCGCCGACAGCAGCCGCGGGCUUCGAGCCGCACGUGGGCCUCCACUAAACAUUGCGUAUUAUUAGCGACCGGUGCAUUUACAUAGAACGCUGUAAAUCUCUGCUCUCCCACCUUGCUGUGUGGUCCACAAGUCUGGAGCAGUAAGGUGAUGGUGGUGGUGUAUGGUGCACGGUGCUAGUGUGCCAUGGAGACCGUGUUCCCACCGUCGGCGUCGGCGCUGGCGCGCGGGCGGAGGCUGCGGCGCGCGGAGCCGCGGCUCAGACACCGCACGAUGCCCGUUACAUUCGCCGAGAUCAAGGAAGUGGAUGAGGAGAACGAGGAGGCGUGCGCUGAAGUAUCUGAGGAGCGGCGGCGGCGGCCCGACCUGCUGGACGAGUCGCUCGGCCGCCAGUUCGCGGAGUUCAGGCGCCGACGCGCGCGACGCGACGUGCUGCGCGAGCGCGAUGUAGACGAGCCGCAGUCACCGCCCCCCGCGGCCGCCCCCUCGUCCCCCGUCCCCCCUGCGCCCCCCGCGCUCCCCGCCGGCGGGCUGCAGCGCGCGGGCAGCGAGCCCUCCGCCCUGCACCAGGCGUCCACCACCUGAGCCCCCGCUGGCGGCGGUACACGACGUCCCACGCGACCGGCGAUCAACGAUCGACACGAAUUCGGAGCGCGACGUGUGCGUACUCUACUCUGUGCUCGUUACUAGUGUACGACGGGCCGACGAAUAAAAGAACAGUAUAGACAAUAAAUUUAUUUAUUGUUGGUUACAAUAAAUUAAAUAAAUAACACCGUCUCGUCAAUCACGCGUCUCUCAAACGACUCAAUAAAUAGACACCUCUAUGUACAUCCAUUUUAUAUUAGAGGUAAGCGGCUUACACACGAUACUAUAAUUAGGGGCAUUAUUGGCGAUGUCGUAUUGGAGAUAAAAUCGCAUCGUCGGGAACACUAUCAGAAAUCGACUCUGGUUCCUCUACACGCGCGGCGAUGUAGGAAGCCCACCAAUGCUCCGAUAUUGCCUCUCAUUGUAGUAUCGUGUGUGGGCCGCUUUACGU